UCAACACUCUACGAUUUGUUUGCGUGGGCGGCUGACCAUUUCCCACAACUGUGCGAAUAAUAAAUAAGUUCGGCAGGGAAAAUGUUUGGCAAUGGUCAGUCAGAAUUAGUACUGACCCCAUUGCCAUGUCCGAGCGAAGAGGAGUGCACGAGAUACCUGGGGACUACCAGCCAGUGCCAAGAGAACAGGACGAAUCUACUCCAACAGUCACAUCCUGUUGCCGGCGUCCCAAUUGUAAUUUUCGAGUCAAUGAUGACCAGAAAGUUUGCUGCUGCAGCCAUGGCUAUAUUAUACCCGUAUUUAUACUCUUCAUACUGGUGCUGAUAGUUCUGCUGUUGCCUUGGGAGACCAUUAACCGAAAUGGGAACGCAAACAGCCCCAUUCCCGUGGAGUCUCCGUUGCCAUGCCAACUUGAAUUUGUAGAGAGCCUGCCACUGGGGUUAAACUACAGCCAAGCGGAAGGCCACCCCCAACUGAGGACCACCAUUGAGUCUUGGCAACUGCUGCUGGGUAGGGCAAGGUCCUCGCUAGACAUUGUCUCACCCCACUGGACUCUACGUGGGCUGGAUAUCAAGGAUAGUAGCACAGGACCCGGGGAUCAUCUUUUUCAGCGACUGCUUUCCAAUGGAGACCCCGGAAAACCCAAGCUGCGUCUGCGGAUUGUGGUCAAUCGCAGCCAGGACAGUCUGUGGCAUGCAGAUGCCCGCAUACUGGCCAACUACGGAGCAGCCGAUGUUGUCGGCAUCAAUUACCUUCAUUCCAAACUCUGGCUGGUGGACGAGGAGCACUUUUACCUGGGCAGCGCCAGCAUGGACUGGCGAUCCCUUACGCAACGGAAGGAACUCGGUAUAUUGGCCAGGAAUUGUCCGCAUCUAGCCCGAGAUCUGGCCAAGAUCUUUAAAGAAUAUUGGUACCUGGGCAAUAAUGAAGUUCCAGAAUACUGGCCCUGGAUGUACCACACGCACAUAAAUCAGCGAAGACCUCUUUUGCUAAACAUAAACAAAAACCACACGAUGCGGGCUUACUUGGCCAUGUCGCCACCUGGAUUGGCUGCUAAGGGAAGAAGCCACGAACUUGAUGCCAUUUUAGACGCCAUCGAUAAGGCCUCAGAGUUUAUAAGCAUCUCAUUGAUGGAUUAUUUUCCUCAGCUAAGGAGAAGUGACAAAGUGGAAUACUGGCCUUUUAUAGAUAAUGCCCUUCGUAGGGCUGCCUUGGAGCGGGGUGUGGCCAUCAAGCUACUAAUAUCCUGGUGGAAGUACUCCGAUCCCAGCGAGGAUCAUUUCUUGAGGUCUUUGGAGUCACUUAACAAAAUACGGGAGGAUGUGGACGUCGAAAUGCGUCGUUUUGUAGUGCCUACCACGAAUGAGCUGGAGAAGAUUUCCGGUGGAAGAGUAAGCUGCAAUUCUUAUUUGGUGACCGAUAGCGUCGUUUUCAUAGGCACCUCAAGUUGGUCGGGAGAGCAUUUUACCAACUCAGCGGGAUUGGGAUUGGUACUUCAGGACAUGGAUUACAACAACAAUAGCCUGCGCACAGAUUUGUUAUCAAUUUUCCAACGAGAUUGGUUUAGUCCUUUUGCACUGCCAUUAAAACCGAACUUAAGAAUUUGAAUUUAGCUUUCAAGCAUCUGGCACUUUACAACACUGCCAACCAUCAGCUGUUCAUGUCAUAACAAACGUCAGACCUAACCUCAAACCUCUUGAAUCUAAAACAAUUUUCAAACUCUUGACACUCGAAUAAAAAUAAAAAAAAUUUAAAGCAUGGCCAACAA